UUGAAUUGAAUUGUUUCACCACUGUUUGUGUUGCUCACACAUUACUUUUAAACAGGAUAUAUUUUGUAAAAUCUGAUGAUAUUCAAGUUUUUUCCCCCCUAUGACAUAUAAAAAAUCCCAACCACAAGGAGGAAGUGAUCCGUCUCUGUAGGAAACGUGACACAUAUCACACACUGAGCACACAUCUAAAAUCACAGAGGUUAGUGGGAUUGUUCAGUGGUUAGAAGCUGCUGCUACAGUCAGACACACUGUCCUAUUCAAACUGGGUCUCUCUGAUCCACCAUGAAGCUGUAUGUGAUCGUCCCACUGUGUGCUCUGUUCGCCCUCACCCAACAGGCACCUUCAAGUGAGUGUUCGUGUGAGUUGACUACUUCAGAGAAGUUAUUCCCUCAUGACAAACUCGUUGCGGUGGAGGACAGUGCAUUGAAAUGCAACAGCGACAUCACCCCACAGAAGGUCGCAGAGCUGGACAGUCUGCUGCUGGGUCUGGAGCUACGUCUGCCUCAGCUGCAGGAGGAUGUGUCCAUGCUUGAGAGGGAGAACGACGGACAGCUCUACGGGGUUAUCAGCCUGCAGGUGAUAGAGAACGAACUGAUGCAGAUCAACCAGCUCGUAGCCAGGCUCAAGAGCGCCACCCUGAGUCACCAGCGUCUGACUGCCAACACUACUGAACAGUUGGAGGACCUGAAAGCAGAGAUGCAGGAGCUGGAGUCGUACGACACCAUGCGGGUGGUGAACACACAACGAACCAACCAGCGUCUGAAGAAAGAUCUGGACCAGUGCAAGUCUGGACUUUACCCCACCACCAAACCCAUUCAGCCUCCACAUGGUAACUGCCCUCACGGUCAAUUUCUGAACAUUACCGGACCGAGGGUGUACACAGCAGGAGAGUACCCCGGUUCCUACAAGUAUGGAGCCUGGGGUCGGGAUCCAAAACCAGAGGCGGGGAAGGAGAGCUGGUAUUGGCUGGUAAUGAUGACCUCCAGCAAUAAAUUCUCCAACUAUGUCCGUUUCUACUCCAGCCUGAGCUCUCUCAUUGUUGGAGUGAGCGCACCAGGUAAUGUCCUGAUCCACACCGCUAACCCAACCACCAACACCAUUCAGGGUCCAAAUGUUGUGCUGUAUGGAGAGGCCUUGUACUACAACUGUUACAACCAAGAUACUGUUUGUCGAUUCAACCUCACCACCAAAACUGUUAUCAAUUUCCAACUACCCAAAGGCACCAGGUUUAACUCAAAGGGUAACUUCUGUCACCCUGAUGAAUGCUACCCGUUCACCGACCUGGACCUGGCGACAGAUGAGUCAGGCGUCUGGGUGAUCUAUACCACCACGCAAGACUUUGGCAAUCUGGUGCUGUCCAAGGUGGAGGAGGGCGAGCCGCUGAGACUCGGCCAAACCUGGCGCACCUCCAUCUACAAGCAGGGGGUUACUAACACCUUCAUGGCCUGCGGCGUGCUCUAUGCGACACGGUACGUCAACAAAGAAGUUGAGGAGAUCUUCUAUUCAUUUGACACCACAACGAGGGAGGAGAGGUUCAAUGUUGGUGUCUUCAUCAGCAAGAUGUCUCCCAACAUUCAGUCCCUGAACUAUAGCCCUGUGGACCAGAUGCUACAUGCCUACUGUGACUCCUACAUGGUCUCCUAUAAGGUUUUGUUUGGGUAAAUGGAUAAUAUUGACAACUUUUUCCAUAAAAUGUAUAUCUUAAUAAUGGUAUGCAGUAAUAGUGACUUGCACGGAAAAAUAUAGGCGACUCUUUAAUUCACCUUAUUCUUUGUCUUAACUAGGGCACAUUGGGUCUGUUUAUAAUCUUACUUCCUUUUACUUUACUUGGCUUUACUUGCCAAAAUAACUGUUUAAAUAAAUAAUUCCAUGAACAUAACCAUGUAGAUUCCCAAUAUAUGAUCAGUUUAUCAAAAUAAUGGUUAUUUGGAAAUUUACAACAAAGUUUUUUGGAGCUUCGGGGAGCUGCUGGCUGUGUGGCUGAAUGUUCCCAAAUAUCUGUCAUUGUGUACAAUGCUACUGGUGCUAAACCCAAGAAUGAAAAGAAAUGCACCGAACCAGAAGUGAAAGCAUUGAGGGGGUAGGAAAUCACCUGUGCUAUGAGUGGUUUACAUGGUAAAGCUACAUGAUAAAUUAGGCAUAAUGUACAUUUUUAUUGCAAGAAUUACAGUAGUUCUAUCUGUAGCUGAUUGAUGUAUGUACCUAGAGUGUGGAAACAUUACAGUAGGACUUUCCAGAAACAAUUCAUCUGCAGGAGGUGAAGAAGAAAUGUUAAUAUGACGUUAAAUCACAAUA